CUACCUCUCAAUCCCCCAAACACUGUGCCUGGAAGCAGGCAACAGAAGGCAGGAGGGGGAGGAGUAUUUAUUUCAUGCUUUAUAAAGCAUUAACUUCUGCAUAUGUUCAGUAUGACAAAGAAUUGAGCGGAACAGUAUCUGCAAAAGUGAGCAGCUUAGCACUGCUGUGACUGCUAAAAAUGAACUUAGUCCACAGACACAGGCUACAGUUAGUUGGAUUUGCGUUGUCUGUACUAGGAUGGCUUUUAACUGGUACCUGUAACUAUUUACCAGACUGGAAAAAUCUCAACUUAGACUUAAAUGUACUGGAGCUUUGGACCAUGGGACUCUGGCAAACCUGUAUAGUCCAAGAUGUAGGAGGAACACAGUGUAAAGAUUUUGAUUCUUUCCUAGCUUUGCCUCUAGAAUUCAAGAUUUCCAGGAUUUUACUAUCUACAUCAAAUGGGCUAGGACUUCUGAGCCUUGUCGUCUCUAGUCUCGGUUUGGACUGCCUAAAGAUGGAGGCUACAGAGCAGAAGCGAAAGAAACAGCUGUUACUUCUUGGAGGAAUACUUCUGUGGAUGUCUGGAGUUCUGGCCUUAGUGCCUGUUUCUUGGGUUGCCCAUACAAUAAUCCAGGAAUUUUGGGAUGAAGACAUCCCAGAGAUUGUGCCCCGAUGGGAAAUAGGGGAUGCGCUGUUCAGUGGUUGGUUUGGUGGAUUUUUUAUAAUUCUAGGAGGAUCUCUACUCCUCUCCACAAUCUGCCUGUCAUCUGACCAUCAAUUACCAGAGCAGUAUGCAAUGGCAGAUAUGCAAGACACACAUCACCAUCUGGAAAUUGGAAAUAGAAGACUUUAAAAAGGGGUAGAUAUCAGGUUUUCAGAUUUCUUAGUCUUAUACUACAGUAAGAAAGGACUGCUGAACAGUCAGGUUACUGUUUACAAGAGCGGGAAGGCGGGAUUGUUUCUUACUAAGUAGUUCCUUUAAUUACUACUCAUCUUCAAUUUUAAUUACAUUAAUUGAUGAGCUAUGGGGAUCUAAGUCAUCACUGUAUUUCUCCAAAAUCUGACCAAGCACAGAUUUUUGUUUGUGUAGUGUUUUGUUUUUUUUAGGGCGCGUAUACAAUUUUUAAUUUCUACACAUGCAUGGAGAGGUGACAAUCUUUCAAAUGGCAGAACUCCUACUGGGGCUGCUUUAAAUGAUGCCUUAAUGUUAUUUUUGUAAUAAAGUUCUGAAACAGUUUGUAGUGCCAGUUCAACAUGCAUGACAAAAACCUCAUUCAAGGUCUGUAUUAAGUUCCCUGGACCUGUAUCACUUACACUAGUGUAAACUGAAUGGUCUCGGACAUAAUGUCAUGUAACAAAGUUCUCCAUUGCAUGUGUGCACAUAUGACUGGGCAGGGACACAUUAAAAAUCUUUCUCUAAGGAGAGCUAGUAUUUCUGAAUAAUAAUAAUAUGAUGAUGUCCAGGGCAGAGUUGACCAUGUUCUUUGCUACUGCAGUUUUACUUAAUGAAUGUAAAGAACUAAUUUCAAGUAGAUUAAUUGCUUUCUAGAUAACUUAUCCUAAGACUUGUCAGUGAUUGAUGUGAACCUUCUAUAAAUUGCAAUGAUCUACACUGACAAAGCUGUAGCAGCCAUCUGUUUACGCAAUGAGCAUAUAAAGACACAGAACAGCAAUAAAAGAAUUAAAUAACACACUGGUCUGGAAAAGAGCUUUGUUAAAAAAUGUAUUUUCCAAUCACUGAAACACAUGGAAAGUGCAGAGACAAGUUAAUCUAUGUGAUGUAUUUGCAUACUCUUACAGACAAAAUUAGAACAGAAACACAUUCAGAAUAUAACCUGAUUAAAUAUUUAGUUCAGUCCUGAGCAUUUGAUAUUUAAUACAGUAUAAACAUAGCAACAGUAAAAAAAAUCUUAAAAUUAUUUGAUUUGUGUUCUAUUAAAAUUUCUGCUAAACUUUGCUUAUUUGGCUAAAUAUUCUUGUACCAGUAAUAUUUAGAUUUUGAUAUAUGCAACUGCAGUGACAUUGGUACCUGGAAAUAGAACUAAUGACACUUGUUAUACUCUG